AACGAUUGCCACAAGCAUCCAAUCGAUUGCCACACAUUUUAAUUAUUGCUAGAACGCGCAGGGGCUUAAAAGUUAGUAAAAUAUGUUUGCCGCCCACUAAACGCCACAGCGUCGAUCCCGUUGUGUUAUCAGUUUGCCCCCGUCGCCUCCGGAACGAAGCAAAAGUGGGCGGAAAGUGUUUGUGUUUGCUUUUUGGCAAGUACUGGCAUUUGUAUAUCGGUGUGUGCGUGUGCGUCACGUAGCAUAAAACGCGAGAGUUUCUGUCCGUUAAGCAGAAGUGGAAGGAGGUGGAACGGGAACGGAAAAAGAAACGAAAAAAGAUAUGUGAAGAGUGCGGCAAAAAAGCGAAGAAGACAAACGUGCGAAAAGAGUAAAAGCCGGAGCGACAACAGCACAUGAAUGGGAUACACUCUCCUGCCAAAAGUUCUAACAAACAUACAUACAUAUGCACCACUCACGAAUGCAGCGGACAAACAGCACGACACGCCACACACACACACCCUCAGAUAUUGUUUGAAGCGGCGGCACAGGAACAACAAAAACAGGCCAAGAAUCUGAAGAAUAAGCGCAGCAUUUUAUUAAGCGCAGUUUCUUAAAUAGAGCCACAAGAGGAGGUGUCGCAUAUAUAUGAUUCCAUUUUGUCUUCUUGGAGAGUAAACUUAAAUAUAAUACCACAUAUUUUAAGCCUAGAUAGGACAUAACUUUAAGCUGAGACGAAGGCAGACAGACAGCAUGUGGAAUUCCGAACCAACACAUCGCCAGCACCAUCAGCACAAUGGAAAUUCUACCUCGGGCGGACCGCCCGCCAAGCAACUGGGCAUGACCUCGGCUAUCAGUCUGGCCGAGCCGCGGCCUGAGGAUCUCCAGCGCACUGAUGAGCUCCGUGGCUCACUGGAGCCGUACAACGUCUUUGAGAGCCAGGACGAGCUGAACCACCGUAUGGAGAUCCUGGCCAAGCUCAACACACUGGUCAAGCAGUGGGUCAAGGAGAUCUCUGUCAGCAAGAAUAUGCCAGAGUCAGCCGCCGAGAAGCUUGGCGGCAAGAUCUACACAUUCGGAUCGUAUCGAUUGGGUGUCCAUCACAAGGGUGCCGAUAUAGAUGCCUUAUGUGUUGCUCCGCGAAAUAUUGAGCGCACCGACUACUUUCAGAGCUUCUUUGAGGUGCUCAAGAAGCAGCCAGAGGUAACAGAGUGCCGCUCGGUAGAAGAGGCCUUUGUGCCCGUCAUCAAAAUGAACUUUGAUGGCAUCGAAAUCGAUUUGCUGUUUGCCCGUCUGUCCCUAAAAGAAAUCCCCGAUGACUUUGAUUUACGGGAUGAUAACUUACUGCGGAAUCUGGAUCAUCGUUCGGUGCGCAGUCUCAACGGCUGUCGUGUGACGGACGAGAUCCUGGCCCUGGUGCCCAAUAUUGAAAAUUUCCGACUGGCGCUGCGCACUAUCAAAUUGUGGGCAAAGAAGCACGGAAUCUACUCUAAUUCAUUGGGUUAUUUCGGUGGUGUGACCUGGGCCAUGUUGGUGGCCAGAACCUGCCAGCUGUAUCCGAACGCUGCAGCUGCCACACUGGUGCAUAAGUUUUUCUUGGUCUUUUCGCGCUGGAAGUGGCCUAACCCAGUGCUGCUCAAGCAUCCGGACAACGUUAAUCUAAGAUUUCAAGUCUGGGAUCCGCGAGUCAAUGCCUCGGAUCGGUAUCAUCUGAUGCCCAUUAUUACGCCCGCAUACCCACAACAGAAUUCCACAUUUAAUGUGUCCGAAUCCACCAAGAAGGUCAUAUUGACCGAGUUCAAUCGCGGCAUGAACAUCACGGAUGAAAUCAUGCUCGGUCGCAUUCCGUGGGAGCGUUUGUUUGAGGCGCCUAGCUUUUUCUACAGAUACCGCCACUUUAUCGUGUUGUUAGUCAACUCGCAGACGGCUGACGAUCAUUUAGAGUGGUGCGGCCUUGUUGAGUCAAAGGUGCGUCUGCUAAUUGGCAACUUGGAGCGAAAUCCCCAUAUUGCACUGGCCCAUGUCAAUCCGAAGUGUUUUGAGUUUAAGAAGGGCCAAAGUGCCAACAACUCACAAAACAACAGUGGAAAUGAAGACGACCUGAAGCAGUCGCAGGGUAACCAGUCUGCUGUGACAUCGGCACCCUUCUGCUCCAUGUGGUUUAUAGGCUUGGAAUUCGAGCGAUCGGAGAACCUUAACGUGGACCUUACCGAGAGCAUACAAAACUUUACGGAGCAUGUGAUGAUGCACGGCGUUAACAUCAAAAUGCUUAAAGAAGGUAUGACCAUUGAUGCCCGCCAUGUGAAGCGCAAGCAGCUGUCGCUUUAUUUAGACUCUGACUUCCUAAAACGUGAGCGCAAGUCAAUGGAAAGUCACAAUAAUUUUAAUAACACGCUAUUGGCCAACCGCAAACGACUUUCUACGGAACUGGCCCAAUCGCAGGAUCCACUGCCCCCAGGCCAGCAGCCAUCAAGUGGAAAUCGCGGUCGGGAUAGCGGAGCCAAGAUACAGAGACUCAGCGAUUCGCUGACAGAGGAGAACUCGAAUGCCUCCAGCGAUAUGGGGGCAGGGACGCCCACCACGCCCACAACGGCGCAAUUAAGUGCGCCAAGCUUUAAGACCUCUGGCAAGAACGGCUCCGAGUUGGACGUUGUGGAGCAGGAACCGUCACAGCCUCACAACAAUGGCAAUGCCAACAGCAACACAACCACAACGGAGGUGGCAUGUUCGUGACAACCGCCAACGCUACAUCCGCAUCCGCCACAUCAGCAGCCACCGCCAGCGCCGCCACAGCCACCAGCUCACCAUCAUCAUCAUCAGAAGUUCCGAAAGAACAACAACGCGGCUGCGGCAGCCGCCUCUAACAGCAUUUUCAACCAACGCUCGAUUCUGCAUGCCGCUUCCAGUCUAUCGGCUGCUCUAAGCAUUACCGGACAUAAGCGCAAGCAGCAAACGGCAACAUCAACAACCAUGAUCAGUAGCAGCAACAUUGCUCACAGCAACUACACCCAGCAUAGCACCCACAACAACAACGGCGGUGGCGGCGGCAGCCACUACAACAAAACGUACUACAUUGAUGAUGAUGACGAGGACAACAAUCAACCACUUUUGACACCUAACAACCAAACACAACAGCAACAAAAAGCGGUCAGAAUAACAGCUACAUCGGCGUCACCAGCAACAUCGGUUCCAGUAGCUGCGAGUGCCGCACCACCGGCACCGACAAUUUCUUUGUAAAAAGUUAUUAAACAUACCAUUUAAGGAUUAGUUAUCAUAGUUAUUAUCUCCCUAUUGAUUUCCUCGGCAUUGAUGCCUGAACAUACAUGAAGCCCACAAUAUUUUAUACAAAACGGUUUCUAUCAUACACCUUCUACAAACAUGUGUUAAACAUUAUUCGUUCAACCAACUAACAUCGCCCUAUCGUCAAAUUGAAAUUGGCAUUCGGAGAUCAACAAUCGCCGUUAAGACAAGAAAACAUCAUAACUUGAGGCGAUUUUUUAGCGGCAGAGAAAGCAUUUCUCUAAAAUUUGUCUUAAUAAUAUUGUUGUACAUCUUUUUUACUUCCCCACAGCUGGUUUGAGGAGUGCGUAGAAGAGAGAAGUGUGGAGAGGAGGAUGUGGAUAAAGAUGGAUGGAUGAUUGACAGCAGCGGACUGACAAGAUCCUGGAGAAGAUUCGCUUUGAAAACUACUUACAAACUAAGAAGAUUCUUUUUAAUUUUUCAUCUUGUUUUCAAUAUUUGUUUUCUUCUUCUUCUAGUUGUACAACGCUGAAAAUUUGAAACAAUUAUGUUCGUUUUUCUAAGAAAUGAUAUCUGAAAAAAGGUAAUAACAAAAACAUAUAAAUGAAAUGAAGAUAUUGAUUUAAUUUUACCAAAUAAACCAGAAAAAUGAAAGC